CAUGGCCGCGGCGAUUGCGCACUGGCGAGGAUGGAAGUCGUGUCGCCCUCACUAGCAUGGCCGCUGCGCAUGCGCAGUGGCGAGGAUGGAAGCCGUGUCGCCAUGGAGACGGGCCCGCCCUCACUGGCAUGGCCGCGGCGCAUGCGCAGUGGCGAGGAUGGAAGCUGUGUCGCCAUGGAGACGGGCCAGCCCUCGCUCUGCGGGCCGGGCCGUGCGCAGGCGCAUGCGCAGUGGAGUGGCUGGUCACUUGGCACCAUGGAGAUGAGCGGCCCCAUCCCGCAGCUAGUGGAGAGUUUUAGAAAGCAAAAGGCCGACUAUUCAUGUAACAGUCUGGCAGGGGGUGACAGUAGUAAUAUCAGGGACAUUAAUAGCUCCGUGCAAACGAACCGAGAAGAUAAAAUGGGAGGCCACGACAGUGAACUUUUCAUGGAUAAGUAUUGCAAGGUUUGCUGUGCCAUGUUGAUCUCCGAAGUUCAAAGGACCACACACUACGAGAGCAAAAAACAUGCCAACAAGGUGCGGUUUUACUUCCAAACACACAAAGAAGAAGGCACACCAUUAAAGAAAAUCAAAACAGAGAAUGUUACUGUUGGAUUCCAGGAUACUGGAACAAAAGUGGACAAGGAUAAAUUUUGCCUUUUGUGCAAUAUGGUUUUCACGUCCCCCACAGCUGCUCAAUUCCACUAUCAUGGCAAAGUCCACGCGAAGCGGCUCAAGCAGCUGGUGGGGAAGCAGCCCUCUGUAACCCAGCCACAGACUGUGGAGCUUUCUAUCACAGUACCCACGAGUGUGGCAAGUGCACCUCCAGAGCUGAAUACAUCUGUACAGAGUGAGGAAUCUGAAAGGAUCACACAAGAAUCGACCGAGGAAGCCUCUGCAACACCCUCUACAGCUCUGGAUCAGGAAGAUCCGAACAGGUACUGCAAACUUUGCAGCGCCUCCUUUAACAAUCCACUGAUGGCCCAGCAACAUUACAUCGGCAAGAAGCACACAAAAAAUGACACAAGGAGACAACUGAUGGACGAACUGGGUAAGGAGGCUGAUUCUUCUGAAAAAAAUGGUAAUUUUUCAUGUGCGAUCUGCAACGUUACACUUAAUUCCAUUAAGCAGUACCAGAGUCACCUGCAAGGAUACAAACAUCACUUUAAAGAGAAUGAAGUGUCCAACCUAGUGAAGAAUACAAAAUCAAAGAAAUACGACUCGUUCCAGGACGAACUCGAUGACUUCAUUAAAGUCCAGAAAGCAAGAGGCCUUGUGCCAAAGGUGUGCUUUAGAAAAUUUGAGGACAAUCCAGAGGAGGAAGAGGAGGAGAGGUGGAGCUUUCACAUGGACAACCCACUCCCUCCUGCUGAGUUCCCGUUGGAAGUAAUGCAAGGCAUCACUCUCCCCAAUCCAAGUGGUUUCCACGAUGAGCAAACAAUGGAUGUGGAAACUGAAGUACCACAGUGGCCCUCCUCACAAGGUGACUGGCCAAUAACCCAAUCUGUACAACGCAGUGACUUUGGCAUGGCAUAUUACACAGAAAGGUUGCCACCUCUGAAACGGACCUGUCCCAAGCACGUUCCAGAUCCGCACAGCGCGGACUCAGCUGAUGAGUGUAGACCAGUGAGCUCCGAUGACAGUGCUGGUUCGUGCAAAAAAGACAAGAGGGGUUGGAAGAAGAAGCGCAGAAGAGUCAAAAGAAACAAGGAUGCAGAAUCUAAAAGAGAUAGCGAGCACGAGAACUACAGGAAAGAGAAGAGUGUUGAAACGGUGGGACUGCAACCAGAUACAAAUCAUACUUAUCAGAAACCAGAUGAAAGGGACAAAGAGGAACUCGAUGUGAGUAAAGAAAAGAUGAAACACAAAAAAGAUAAAAAAGACCAAUAUAUAGAUAAAGAGGAGCUGAAACAAAGACAGAAAAGGCAGAAAAAGAAGAAGGAGGUUGAUAUAAGAACAGAAGAGGAAAAACUUUGGGAUGAAUCUAUUUUAGGAAUUUGAUGCAAAAAAAAUGACUGUGAACAUUGAUGCUUGAUCAUUAUUUUAACUUGCUCAGGCACUCUGGGAAUAAAAUUAAUUUUGUUAAUAGCACAAUUGAAUAUUUGAUUUUUAUUUUUUGUCCUGCCCAGUAGGAAUUGUUUUGUUUGCUGUUCCAAGACAUAUUUCAAAUUAGCAGUACCUUUAGUCAUGAAGGAUGUCACUGUUUUAACAUGUCCAUAUACAUAUUUUGUUAGCUUUGUCUAAUCUACAAUUGAUCUGAUCAUUUACAGUAAAUUGUGAAGUACUGGGCCAUUCAAACCUAUUCAAUAAUUAAUAAACGGCAUGAUGAUGA